CCUUCCUAGGACCUUCUUAAAGCGGUGAUCAGAGGAAAAUCGCUGCUACGACUUAGAAAACAGAGAAAGAGCUGACAUUUAUUUGAGAUUACACAGUCUUGGCACGAAUUAUUUUGCUAUUUACAUCUGAGCUAUUGCGCUUAGUUACCUCGGCACAGCAUUCAUUUGCUGAAACUACUCCAGCAACCCAACCGGCUUUGAAUUUCGCACUUGUUGGCUGGGCAUUAUUCCAUUUCCCACAGUUAGCUAGCUAGCUAAAGGGAGCUAGACUAGCUAGCUAGCUAACUAACGUUCACUGCUACUUGACGGCCGGCAGCGUUUAAACUAAGCCUACUGUUAUUGUUGGGAUAGAAACUGUGAAAUUUGCCUGGUGUCCUGAGUCAGUCAUGGAGAACGAUGCCGGUGCUGAACUGAAGAAUGGUGAGGCUGCUGUGAGCCAAGUGAAGGAGCCGUCAACAGCCACAACUCCUUACAGAUACACCAAGGAGGAGCUUCUGGAAAUAAAAGAAUUGCCGUGCUCCAAUGAACGGCCAGAAUGUCUCUCAGAAAAAUAUGACAGUGAUGGUGUCUGGGACCCUGAGAAGUGGCAUGCCUCACUGUAUCCGACCUCAGAACGAAGUUCUCCAGUGGAAGGUUUUAAAAAGGACUAUGUGGAUGACAGAGGUCCUUUGAAACGUAGAAUUCAAGAUCCUCGUGAGCGACUAAAGGAGGAUGAUCUGGAUGUCAUACUCAGCCCGCAGCGGCGCAGCUUCGGAGGUGGAUGUCAGGGCAACGCUGCACCUGCAUCCCACGCCCGUCGCCCUAUUAGUCCCUUGGAGAAUAAAGAGAACGAGAGUCUUCGUCUGGGAGGGACACGCAGAAUUGGCAGUGGUCGCAUUAUUGCUGCCAGAGCCUUUGAGAGAGAAGCCCGUGUGGAGAAAGAGAGGGAGCGUGAGAGAGAUUUCAAGGAUAAAAGAUUCAGGAGAGACUUUGGUGACAAACGUGUUUUUAGUGAAAGGAGAAGGAAUGACUCGUAUGCAGAGGAGGAACCAGAGUGGUUCUCUGGAGGUCCCACAAGCCAGUCUGAGACAAUUGAGCUCAUUGGAUUUGAUGACAAGAUCCUUGAAGAUGAUAAGCGCAAGUCGAGGCGGUCAAGGAAGCGGACAGAAUCUCUGAAAGAAGUAGUGGAAUGUAAUGGUGGUCAGGCCGGGGAAGGUGAUGUGGUCAGAGACUCCACAGCUGAUCAGGAGGUUCCACACGCUGAGAUUCUGCCGGAGCAGCCAGCUGGAGACUUUGACUUCAACGAGUUCUUCAAUCUGGAGAAGACCAUGCCGGGACUGGCCUCUAUGAUAGAGGAUGUUUUGGGGGAGGGCCCUGUAUCGGCUAGCCGCUUCAGUCAGUGGUUCUCCAGCAACCUGAGCCCUUCAGGCAGCCACUCCAGCAGCCUGAGGUCCACUCCCCAUGAGGAGCUGGAAAGACUAGCAGGGCUUGAACCACGCUGCACCUCCCCUAGCCAGGGCCCUGCCCCAUACUUCACACCUAUUCAAUCAUCUGACCGCAAGGAGAAGGUGGACAUCCUGGAGUUGCUGCACAAGGCCAAAAUAGACUUGAAGCCCCUUCUGUCCAGCCUGUCAGUCAACAAAGCACGGCUACGUGAGAGCACUAAUUCGGGGGUAGUGCUGUCCUUGGAGGAAGUGGAGGGAGGAAUGAAGGGGAUGAAGCUGGGGUCAGAAUCACAGGUGCGAAAGGUACCUCCUCCACAGAGAGGAAAUGGCAGACCCUUCAUGGCUGAGCACUUGGAGGAAGCUUUAACUGGUGGCUCCAGUGCCCGGCCUCGCUCACGUGAUGCUGACAUGUCAGCCUUUAAUAAACUGGUCAGCACCAUGAAGGCAAGUGGAACUUUGCCAACUCACCCCAAAGCCAACACAAACAAUCAGCCUUCAGACCCUGCUCUGGUGACACUGCCUGAAGGUCAGGUGCCUACUCAGCAGCAGAAAAACAUAUUCCAGGAGCUCCUGGGAGGCCAAGGUCCUCCUCGAAGCGGAUCCCCUACACUACUUGGCAGUUUGUUGGCCAGCUCUGAAGGCCCCACAGCUCCUGCGCCUUUACAUGGCCUGCUACAAAAAAACCCCUCACCUCCUCUCUUUCCACAGAGGGCACCUUCACCGGACUACUUCCACAGUCGAUUGCAACCUUCAGCAGGGUUUCCUGUGGCUUCGCAGCCCAUGCUGCCAGAACAGUUUGCUGACAUGCACAGGUCUAUCAGCCCUGGACCCACUGCACAACAGCAGAUGAGGGCGCUCUCUAUGGCUGUGAAUCAGGCAGACUUGGAAGCCCUGGCCUACCAGCAGGAUCUGGCUCUACAAGGCCACCACCUAUUCCAGUCUAACUAUAAUAAGCAGCCACAGGAAAAGACCUAUCGAAAUAGACAGCCACGUAUAAAUCGCUCCCCUGGUCCUCAGCCUGCUGGAAGAAACUCUCCAGGCAACGCAGUCACCAGUAUGUUGUCACCAUCAUUUACGCCCACAUCUGUGAUCCGAAAAAUGUACGAAACAAAAGAGAAAACUAGAGAUGAACCAGGUAGUCAUCCAGAGGGCAAGGAGGAGGCAGCAGCAGCACACUCCCAAGAUGAUAGCAGCUCUCCAAACUCAUAUUUGGAAAGCAUGGAUGGGAGUGCCUCCCAGUCUGGUGGGGUGAAGGCCUGCUCUACUCCUUUGUCCUCACAGAUGUUGCCUGGUAAGGACCACGAGCGCCUCAGGCCAGGCACUGCUGGACAUCAUACUUCCACCAUGGUAUCUUCAGGGCCAGCCUCAGCCUUCCCUCGUCCCAUCUACCCAGUACCGCUGCUAUCCCAUGUACCCAUGGUGCGCCCUCCCCCACCCCAGCUUCACCCCAAUGUGGUGCAACGAAUGCUAGCACAGGGUAUCCAACCCCAGCAGCUUGGACCUGCUCUGUUACAAGCGGGCAUAUUUCCACCACAUGUUGACCUUGCACAACUUCAAGGCUUGCCCCCUGCCCUGCUAGGACAGCCAUUAUACCCUCUAGGUGCAACAGGGCAUCCUCUUCUACCUCCCAGAGCCAACACGCAGAUGCAGCUAGCAGUAAUGCAGCAGCAGCUUCAGCAACAGAGACCAAUACAUCCAAGUGUCCCAGGCCCUCAGUCGCAGAGCCAGGGCCCUCACCGGACAAACAGCUCCCAGCGACACGGGGGCAGUCCCCCUCUAGGCCUCGCCAAGUGGUUUGGAUCAGACGUGCUCGAGCAGCCACUCCCCUCCAUGCCUGCUAAAGUCAUAAGUGUAGAUGAACUGGAGUUCCGGCCGUGAGAAUUUGAAACACUAUGCUGGAUAGCAAGAUUUUUUUUUCCUUCCAUCUCCACCUCCCCAUUACUGGAAAAAAUGUGAACUUUAAUUUGAAAGAUGGUGCAAAGACCCAAACAGUCUGACCAUGCUUUGUCUUCAACCUUGAAGUCAAUGCUUGUGAUGAGGAGUAUCCUGUCCUUUAGAAAAGGGAAGAUGAGGGAUGGAGAUUUGUUUCUGCAGCUUUUUUUUUUUUUAUAACUUGUUUUCUUGCAGUAAAGAAUAAGUAAAUAAUGUAUAGUCCCAAAUUGUACAGACCAUGAGAAAUAAUCUUAUUUUCCCUGUACAUAGCUAUGGUUUCUUUUUCAUGGUAUGGGGAAGGUCAAAAACUAUCCUGCAGUUCAACUCAAACUGCCAGGGACUGCCAGAGACUAAGUAGAAUCACCAAGAGAUGGUAGCAUUCCUUUGUCUGGUCUUCCUAGUGUUAUCCCCCCCACCCCCCACCCCGUACCCCCUGAACUGCACUGAGAAAGGGCUACUGCAAGUCAAAGGUGUUUGAUUGUGGAGCAACCCUGAGUGUGUACCCUGCAUCAUGUGGCAUGGUUUGUGGCCCCACUCUGUAGAUAUGACUGGCUGGAGCAUUUCAGGAAGUCGACUGGGGAAGCAGCAAGUGCUGGUUGUGCCUUUCUUUCUGUGUAACCUUUUUUUCUUUUUUUUUUCUCUUUUUUUAAACUGUAUCCCCUCACACCUGUCACUGGGGGAGGCUGCACUGCUCACUGUAUUGUCAGUUUUUGAGGGUGGUUGGGAAUCAGUUUCUGCUUAUGUGCUGUUAAGUUAUAAAAGCACAAAUAGAAUUAAUAAAUAAAAUCUUCAGUAAAACUCA